UUGUAAGCGGCGGUAAAUUUCUACUUUCACUUUAGACUCUUUAGAAAUAACGGUAAACUAAAAUCAGGAAAUUAUAGCAAGUUAACAUUUUCUUGAAUUAAUUAUAAGAAAUGGUAAACGAAUUAGGGCCGAUCAUGAUUCGCAAGUUUCUGAUCAAACAUUUGUUCCGUUGCUCUCGUAAACAAACGGUCCCCGCGUGUUGUAGAAAUGUAAUCACUUGGCUAUCACAUGACCCGCAGUUAAUGCAGAGUCGGCAUUUCAGAUACGAAAAUAACACAAUAUAAACUAAACUUUUGCAACCAUUAUUCACAUGAGCAGAUAUUUUCAUGUGUCCUUUAUUUAUUUAUGAAAAAUAAACAUUUUGUAUAGAAAUCCGUCAAUCCAACAAGGAAUUUGCGACAUCUGCAUUUACAACGAACCAUUUCCGGCGUCCCGCCAAACUUCAUCAAAUAAAAUCAACCGAAAGCUAAUUUUGAUCACUGGAAAAUCACUGGAAAGUGAUCUCAUGAUCAUUUACUUAAAAGUUGCUUGGGUCAAACCAGAAGGAUUUCGUGUUGUCAUGUGAAGAAAAUUUCAAAGAUAUAUAGAUCGAUCGCCAAUUGCACACGUGCUCAUGGGAUAACUUUACGACAAACGUGCGGCUCUUUUCGGUCUUGACAAAAGUUGUUUACAUAAAGCAACAUUUCCAUCCAUUAUCAUUACUUUGUCCAUCUUCAAAAAGCCUUCGUGAUUAUGAUUUAAUUGGAUUACCAACCGAUCCUAUCGACUCGUCCCGGUUAAAAGAAUCUAUAAAACACCAGCUCGAUCCCCAGCUGACCGAUCUCUGCCUCGGGCAGCGUCCAUCAGUACCGUGAAUAAAGGUCUACAGGUCCCAGAUUUGCACGAGUAUGCCCAGAGGAGAAGAGUUCAAUUGCAACCUUCAAGAAAAGUUGAUUGCCAAGCAAAGAUUAACAUCAGACAUGUCAAAAUGUAUAUGGAUUUCACGUCUAAUUUAAAUAUGCCGCAGGCGCUUAAACUGAUGGGAGGAGUUAAGGGGAAAGCUCGCCACAGAUCCAGACUUUGGUGUUGUGAGGAUCUAUGUAUCUCUGCCUUUAGAAAAUGGACUCAAUAUAUAAUCAUGUAUUGCUUCCUGAUUCUGUUCUUGGGAAUAGAGUGGAUGCAUGUAUAAUCAACAAAAUCAAAGAAUUUGUCAAUGAUGGCAUCACACAUAUUGACGUGGUUCAAGAUUGCUGAAAACAUUUGUUGACGUGAAAUUUGAAAGAAAUGUUUUGAAGCUUGUUGCUUGAGAUCGGUCUUUCUAUCCGACCAACAAGGAUAUAAAAAAUCACAUAUAUCUUUCUCUGUCUUCCAAAAAUUCAUCCUCCGUUGAUCAGGAAAAUUUAAAAAAAUCGUUUGGAAAGGUUGAAAUUAGACCCAACCAGGAAUAUUUUCUUUCGACCAGCUACUGAUUGUGAAGAUGGUUCUUCCACAAAGUUUCUGUUUGUUCACCAAGAGAACUGGCAACGGCGACUGUUACAUUUGUACGGUGACAAUUUAUGUUUGCUCGAUGCAACGUACAAAACAACAAAGUAUGCCCUCCCUUUAUUCCUUUUGGUAGUGAAGACCAAUGUGGAUUGUGUUCUGGUUUGCCAGUUCGUAACAGGAGACGAAACAACCACUAGUAUCAGAGAGGCGUUAUCUGUUGUGAAAUCAUGGAAUAAAGAGUGGCAACCAUCAUAUUUCAUGGUGGACGUUGAUGGAGCUGAAAUAAGUACAAUAGCGGCAGAGUUUCCAAACGGGAAGAUAUUGCUUUGUGCUUUCCACAGAGAGCAAGCAUGGGAAAGGUGGUCAAGAAGUGGAGCGCCUACAAUUGGAGGAGAGAAUGUGAAAACAAGAGAUGGACAUUGACUACCUGGCUCCAUUCCUUGCCUAGAUGGGCAACCCAGAUAAAAUCACCAGGCAACAGGCCUACCAACUCAAGGAAGACUGUUUGGGCGAUCUCAAGAAACAACUAAAUUGACAAAGCCAACCUCAUCCAAGCCAGGUUUGAAAAGGAGACCCAGUUACUAGAGAAGAAGCAGGCUUGGUAACAACAGAUUCUGUUUAGGAUGCCACCUAAGAGAAAAGCGACUGGGGCGGCUAAAGCCGGUGGUAAGAAGGCCAAGACUGCCGACGCUGCGGAGGCUGGACCGUCCACUGUUCAGGAUGCUAUCGCUAGUCUGAAGUCUGCUGAUGCCGGGAAAUCCAAAAAGUUUAAACCUGAUAGUUACUUUCCCAUUCCCGGGUGUAGUGUAUAUAGUGAUUACGACUGUAUGCUCAACCAGACCAAUAUCGGACACAACAACAACAAGUACUACGUGAUCCAGGUUCUGCAGCAAGGAUCAAACUAUUAUGCCUGGAACAGAUGGGGCAGAGUGGGAGAGCCAGGUUCUAACUCCAUGAAGGGACCAUUCACUGACGUGACCAAAGCUACGUCAGACUUUGGGAAGAAGUUUUCAGCCAAAACAAAGAACAAAUGGGCAAAUCGAGAGAAUUUCAAGGCAGCCCCAGGAAAAUAUACUCUUAUAGAGAUGGCAGGAGAGGAAGAGGAUGAAGUGGAUGCAGCAGCCAGUGCAGUGACGAAAAGUUUGGCACCUGUGGUGAAGGGUCCUACUGCUCCCUGCACACUGGACAAUGCUACCCAGAUACUGAUGAAACUCAUUUUUGACCACGACAUGUUUAAACAAGCCAUGGAGAAAUUUGACAUUGACGUCAAGAAGAUGCCCCUUGGGAAAAUAAGUAAGAGCCAGAUAGCAAAGGGAUUUGAGUGUUUGGAUGAAAUUGAAACAGCCGUCAAGGGGAAUAAGCCAAUGAUAGCUUUGGCUAAUCUCUCCUCCCAGUUUUAUACUGUUAUUCCUCACAACUUCGGCCGUAAGAUCCCUCCAACAAUCGAUGACCUCGAGACCAUUCGUCAAAAGAUGGAUAUGCUCCUUGUGUUGGGAGAUAUUGAACUGGCGCAAAGUCUGCAGAAGAACACACGAUCAGGCAAGAGUACGGCUGGGAAAGAACCACAUCCGUUUGAUGUCAAUUAUAGCCUACUCAGAUGUAAGCUUGAUCUUCUAGAUUCCAAGUCCCAAGAAUACAAGAUCCUGGAGACGUAUACCAACAGUACAUCUUCAGCCUGGAGACGAACAAAGAUUAAAUACAUCUGGCGCAUGGACCGUGACGGAGAGGGUGACCGGUUCAAGGCCCAUGAUAAGCUAACUAAUCGUAAACUUCUGUGGCAUGGAACCAACGUCGCUGUGGUGGCAGCUAUAUGUAAAGGUGGCCUUCGUAUUAUGCCGCAUAGUGGUGGCCUCGUAGGGAGAGGCAUCUACUUUGCUUCAGAGAA